AUGGGCUCUGUGCGCAGUGUCAGGACGCUCAUGUGGCCGGCGGCCUGGAUGCUGAACCAGAGAUGGGGGGGCAUCACCUCCUGGCUGGCCCGAUGGUUCCCUAAAACCCCAGCCAAGUCUGUGGUGGCCCUAAAAACAUCCAUCAAGGUGGAGCUGGUGGCUGGGAAAACCUACAAGUGGUGUGUGUGUGGCUGCAGCAAAAAGCAGCCCUUCUGUAAUGGAUCCCACUUCUUCAAAAGCCCUGGCCUAUCCCCACUGAAGUUCAAGGCCCAGGAGACCUGCAUGGUGGCACACUGUACCUGCAAGGCAACCCAGAAGCCCCCAUACUAUGAUGGUACCCACAAGAGUGAACAGGUGCAGAAGGCAGAACUGGGCUCUCCACUCUAG